AUGGGAAUGCGUAAACUCAUCCAGUUACGAUCAAUAGCUCGCGAAAUAAGUAAUACCUUUGUUUUUUUUUUUCUCUUGUAUCUUUCUUUUUCUUCUUUAACAUCUUUUUCUUCUUCUUGUUCCCUUUUCCCUUCUUUUUCCCUCUUCAUUUUUUUCUUCUUUUUCAUAUUAUUUUUUCUUUUUUGUCUGUUUCGGCAAUGCCUUUUCCUUUUUCUUCUUGUCCGUUUUUUUUUUCGUUUUUUCUUCAUUUUUUCUUCUUCCAUUUCUUCUUCUUCUUCUUUUCUCUUUUCUUCUUCGCCUUCUUCUUCUUCUUUUUCUUUAUCCCCCUCUUCUUCUUUUUCUUCUUCCGCUUCUUCAUCUUCCUCUCCUUCUUUUUCAUCUUUUUUCUUCUUUAUCUCCCUCUUCUUCCGCUUCUUCUUCCACUUCUUUUUCUUCUUCUUCUUUUUCAUCUUCUUUUUUCUUAUUCUCCUUCUUCCAUUUCUUCUCCUUCUUUUCUUCUUCCACUUUUUCUUCUUUUUCCUCUUCCUCCUCUUCUUCCACUUCUUCUCAUCGUUCCACUCUUCUUGUUGUUCUUUUUCAUCUUUCUCUCCUGCUCUUUCUUCUUCUUCUUCUUCUUCUUCUUCUUCUUCUUCUUCACUUCCUGUUUCCAAAUAUAUUCUGUGUAGGAAAAUAUACUUUGAGCAGAAGUGGUGUUUUACUGGUUUGCUAGCUGACUUAUUCAGCGCAAAUGUAACAGGUAAAUUCCCACCUUUUCAUUGCCUCUGA